UUGUAACCUCUGAAUGUAAGAAACAGCAAACAAGAGACAAGAUGAAACUCAAUAAGAACAGAAAAAGUUAGGAAUCUGAAUAGACAACGUUAGCAAAAGGUUAUUGUUCACACGCUCCAAUCAAUAAUGUCUUCUUUUUCACCUACAACGCUUUUUCUUUCAGUCAUGCUUCUUCUGGUGACGGGAAGUAUGAGUGCGGUGGCCAUAUCCACGGCCGCCACCGUAGAACGCUGCCUGAGACUGCAACUGAAUCCCCCUCCUCCGCCACCGGCAAGAUCAGAAUCCCGUUCACGCUUAGAUCUAAAUCGCAUCAUCUGCAGAGACACGUUUCGCGCCGUUGCUGUAUACCUCCGUACAACGGGGAAACUGCCAUCGGAUUACGUGGUGGCGCUCUGUCACAUCUUCCACGACAAUGAAAAAAAAGUUGAAUGCCAGGUGGCGCGCACGUUCAGGCCUUACGAUUUCCACAGGCUCCUGGCGGGUCGCACGUGCGCCAGCAUCCGAAAGAGGCAACACGCGAUCACACCUUCCUCUUUAUCCUCUUCAAUGUAACACAGAUUAAUUGGAUACAGCUAGCAAUAAUUAAUCGCUUUGGUGAACAACAAUAAAAUUAAUAUUUCUUUCAUUAAUCUUUUCGACUUCGAUCUGUCAUUCCACCAGUGAGUUGUGUGAAAUCAAUUAUUGUUGCUGUUUUCAAUGCGUAGUUUUCUUUUCCAGUUAUUGAAUGAAUGAAUUCGAUAACGUGUUCGUGCACCUAUCUUUAACAGUGUGUCUUUGAAUUUUAAUUUUUGCA